CAUUAGCUUUGACAGAUGGCCUGGGGUGGACGCUCGGGGAAGUUGGGCAAGUGUCCAGGAGCCCUUCCCACAACCUGUGUGACGUCUGAGAUCUAAAAUUAUUUCACAAUGAAGUUGUAAAAAUCAACUUAAAUGGGCCACCAAGGACAUGGGGAAGAUGCUGGGGGGCGACGAGGAGAAGGACCCUGACGCGGCCAAGAAGGAGGAGGAGCGCCAGGAGGCGCUGCGACAGGAGGAGGAGGAGCGCAAGGCCAAGUACGCCAAGAUGGAGGCGGAGCGCGAGGCCAUGCGGCAGGGCAUCCGCGACAAGUACGGCAUCAAAAAGAAGGAGGAACGCGAGGCCGAGGCCCAGGCCGCCAUGGAGGCCAACGCGGAGGGCAGCCUGACGCGGCCCAAGAAGGCCAUCCCGCCGGGCUGCGGAGACGAGCCGGAGGAGGAGGACGAGAGCAUCCUGGACACGGUCAUCAAGUACCUGCCCGGGCCGCUGCAGGACAUGUUCAAGAAGUAACGCCCGGAGCCCCCACCCCGCCGCCCCUCGCCCACGCCCCGUCCCCGCCCUCCGCGGAGGCCCCGAAGGGAUGUCGGGAGCAGAGUGCAGCCCCCCAGCGCCAAUAUAAGCCAUAGUCCUGAGUCUACACGCCCCCCGCCCCCCCGCGCCUCGGGAGCCUCCGCUCGCCCCCUCCCCGCACUGCGUCGCCGCCGCCACCGUGGGAGGGGCGCCCGACCCCCAGGGCCCCGCGGCCGGACCCCGUGCUCCUCGGGCCGCGAGUGGCUUGGCCCCUCCCCAGAGCCUGGACCGCCCCUUACUGCCCCCGCCCUUCACCGCCCGCCCAGAGGCGCCUGAGGCCCCGGCCACCGACAGGGCCAGCCCCUCGACCACCCCUGGGUGCGCGGUCCCAGCGUUGGUGAGCGCUUUUCCGGGCCCAAACUCAGGAGCACAGCCAUAGUGGGGGUGCUGGAAGGGGCGAGCAGCUGGUGCCUGGGGCCCCACCCGCGGGGCAAGGUGGGAAGCCGCUCCCCGUCCGCAUCAGCCUGGCCCCCAACCCCCUCCCCUCGUACUGACACCUGGUUGCUGGUCCUCUGCCUCUUCCUGUCCGUGGCUGCCCACCUCGCCCCCUCCGAACCUGUCACAGUCAUUGUCCCCCGUCUCUCUGUGCUUCCCUACCCCGCCUUGGCCCACCCCUCUGGAAGGGUUUGCUUCUUUUGAAUGCCGUGGCCCCUUUCUUAAACUAAGGGAAACAAAGCAAUACGAUUAGGGGGGAAAUUCUCAUACACCCCCGCUGCCCCGCCCCGAGUGUGGCACACACAGAAUCCUUCACACGCUCCCCUCGAGUGUGUGUGGGCCCGGCCCGCCCUGGUUGGCACCGAGGCUUCGGGGGACGGCCCUGCCCUCACCAAACGCCCCACCCCGUGAACAAGAGCUAGAGAGGCCCAGAGCCCCGGGACCUGAGUGCCGCGAGCCGGGAGGGGUGUGUCCCUGCGCUCCUCCGCUGCACGGCGGAGGCCUCGCUGGGUCAGGCCCCGAGCUGGGGGCUGCGAGGUGUCCUUGCGCGACGCCGAGAGGGAUCAGACAGAAGCGCCGACCAACCUGGGCCUCCCGCAGCCCUCCGUUUCCUCCAUCCUUGUUUAAUUUGCAUCACAAUGUGUUGAAUCUCAGGUAAAUGAGGUCUAAUGUGUUUGGGGAGUUUAUCUUGACAGAAAGCCGGUCGCCUCGCCCUGGGCUCUUCUGUCCACAAAAGAAAUUCAUUGUGUCCACGUGUUGCGGGCCAGGGGCGUGGCCCUCCAUCGCUGUUUAGAAGCCAUACAAUUAGACUGCAAUACUAACUGCGACGCCUGUCGGUCAAAGACCCGCGCGCUCUCCCCGCGCCGCCUCGGUGCGCCCCGGGUCCUGCGCCCUCUGACUCCUCCCGAUUCCAUGUCUUUUUAAAAUGCCUGUUUUCACACUUUAAAAAGCCAGCCCUGAGCAGACAGGCCGUUGUCUCCUAGAAACCCCGCAUCCCGUUCCCAGCGCAUGGGGCGCCCGGAGCAGCCGAGCUUAGCGUAGACCGUGGAUGUCGUAUGUCCGUCUGUCCUUGCGCCCGAGCCUCCUCCUGCAUGUCGGGGGCGUCGCGUGUGUUCUCUCCGGAUGGAAUCACAGCCAAUAAAACAGUGAUUUCACACCGUG